UCUCACGUUUUAAGCUUCUAGGGUUAUCAUCUUCUCUUCUUCAAUCAUCAAUCCAUCAUUCAUCACCGUUCAUCAGUCAGAGGAAUUAUUUUCAUAUUGGAAGUGUUGGUUGAGUUCGUAUUUCGUAUGAAAUUUCACUGCUCGAUUCCUUAAAAUUGUGGAUAUUAACAAUGGUGGAGCGAAAACUCUACAAAACGAAGCUUUGUGUGCUGUACGAGAGAGGUCACUGUCCGCGUCAGACCUGCUCUUUCGCCCACGGCGAUGCCGAGCUUCGAGGAUUCUCCGGUUCCUUUAAUGGUAGGCGGGACUAUCGAGAUGAUGACUUGAGGGAUAAGCUAGACAGAAGGCAUUCUCCACCACGAAGGUAUUCCCCUGGAAGAGGUGCAAGAAGCCGGCCUGUCAUUCAUGGAUAUAGUCCAUCCAGAUCCGUUGGAAAAAAGAGUGAUAGAAAACAUAGAAGGAAACAACAGUUGGACGGACAAAGUGAUUUUUCUGGAAGUUUAAAAAUUUCAGAUGGAACUGAUGAUAGACUUAAAGAAGGGAAGCUGGCAUCGUCUGGUUCCAAAAAUGUUCUUGGGGAACAGUUAAAACAAGUUCAGUUAGAUAUUGACAGACUUGAUGAUCACAAGAGUCAACUGAAGACCUAUAUGGAAGAGAGGGUCCAAGAAGCAGAUAGUCUUACUUCGAGAAUUCAGGAGCUUGAAUCUCAGUUAUAUAAGGAGAGAGAGGAUUGCAAAAGGAUUACUUCAAAAAUUAAGAGGUUCGUCAAAGCACAUAGUCGUUAUUUACGAAUACAAGACGACCUGAAGAGGUCAGAGGCCAGACUUCUGAAGUUGGGAAGUCAACUAAUCUCAGAUACUUCUAAACAUACCAAUGAAGAGGACUCAAGCAUUGACAUUCUGAGUGAUGGAGAGCCCACUGGCAACCAUGUAGUGAGUCCUAAGAAUGGGCAGCAGAUUAAGGCUUCUCCAAGCAAAAAAAGGGCGCACAGUAAUUUGGAUGCUGCUGAAGGGUCAAAACCAGGAAAAGUAGCCAAAGGAGAAGGAUUUCUGGCAGGAACAACCAGAUCAGAGAAGCUUUCUCGGUGGAAGAUGCAGCAUGCUCAAUUAAUGCAUAAAAAGGAAGCUGAGGUUUUGGACAAUGGAAAUAGUGGCAGUAAGCCCCUAACAAUAGAAGGCAAGCAUAAGAGAGGGAAGAAUGUUUCUGCUAGCAUUCCCUUGGCAGAUAAGUUGAAGGGUUUGGAGUCUGGGCUUGUGUUGCCAUCGACCAGCAUGGCUGCUCAUGCAGUUGAUGAAGUUGAGACAGUUGAAACAGAGAAGAUCGAGACUGUUGAAACUGCUUCUAGAGAAGUAGAUAAAGUUGCUGCAUAUGAGAUCCCAGGCCUGCUAUUUCCACCUCCACCGCCGCCUCCUCACCCUCGUAAUGCCUAUUCACAGGUCCAUUCAUAUUGCUAGCUUAUACUUUCUUGGCAUUAUAUGAUUCCAGUACAAGGGUGAAGAUGAGAAUGUGGAUGUGGAUGGGAUCGAGGAGGAGAUGGUGGAUGUUGAUACCAUUUGAUAUAUUUAAUAAUGUUAGCUGAAAAACUGCUCGAAUUUCAUUUGGCAAGGGAAGUGGGAUUACCCAACUCUGUACAAAGUUGUGGGGUAAUAUGGAUUUGUGCUUUUUCAGGAGUUUUAUGUCAUAUUGUUUCUUCAGAAUGCUGUUAUGUGUCUUGGAAGUAACAAAAAUGAGGAUUUUGAUUGGCAAAUAGCGGCUCCUUGUGGCAACAUUGACUAGGGUGGACACCAAAUUGGCCACCCUUCUCUCCCCCCCUACCCAACCCCUCUUUUUUGUUCAUUGAAAUUUAUGUAUUCAAUUUGAUGAAAAACCGAAUUUAUUGAUUUGGUUUUCAAGUAAAACUAUUUUCAUUUGGUUUGAAUUAAAUCUAAAUAUUAUGCA